GCAGCUGUGGAUUCCGCGUCAGCACCGGCACCAGAUCCUCGUCCGACAGCCAUUCGUGACACGGCGCCAGCGCCAGCUCCUGCAGCCCCUCAGCGUCCCGCAGCAGCCAGGCCAAUGCGGCCCGCGGGAUCUGCGGUCCCACCUGCGGGCAGAGAGGCACCUCGACUCUCAGCUGGUCCCGGGGGCGGGACGGGUGCCGCCUCUCCGCACCUGAAGAGUUCUUCCCCGGGGGCAACCCGCCCUCGGGGCUUGCCAUCUGCUCUCCCAGGAGAGAUCCCAAGUGCCUACAGAGUUGAUACCCGGUCCUUCUUCCCUUUCUCGGCCCCUCCGGUGCUCGGUACCUGACGGCUCCCGGCUCUUGCUCCCCUCCGGACGGCUCCAUCGGUGGCUCCAUCGGCUGCCUAUUGCGCGUGCGCAGUAAGGUCUUCUCGCUUUGGCCGUGGAGCGGCCUCAGCGAAUCCGCCUCCUUGGGCUGCAGAGACAGACCGAUUCAAUCGAGUGCGGUCUCACUGAGGAUCCUAUCUGAAAGCGUUCCGGAUGGAUCUCGAAACAGAGAGCGGAACAGACCGAUGGCGUAACAUCAGAUCUCGCUUUCUCGGCUACAGGGCUUGAGAACUGAAGCUGAAGAACGCGAUGGUGCAGAAGAGACUGGCUGUUUUUUCGUCUUGGGCCAGUGGCCGCCUCUGAGUGAAGUGGUGAUGGGAGGAGCAGGCAAAGCCAAACGCAGAAGGGGCGGAGCCAAGACUCCAAGGUUCUGGGCCUACCCUCUGCCCUCUGAUCGCGCUUAGCGACUUUGAAAAAUGGGGAGAAACUAUCCAGGCUUUUACUCUCUGGCACGUAGUAGGUGCCCAAUAAUUGUUGAAUGAAUCGAAUGGGCGAAGCUAGAAGUAUUCUUCCUUCAUCAAGCAAACUUGCCCAAACCUCUCAUUCCUGGUUAGUUGUGACGUACAGAGCUGUCCAGCCCCGUCCACUCCCAGAAGAUUUGGAAUGGGUUUGCACCUCGAGGGGAGAGACAGAAGGAGCUAAGAAGGACUGUCUCUCCAGCUGGGUCCUUAUCUUCUCCCCAGGAGGUCUAGAGUCCUGAGAAGAAUGAGUGCUCAACCCAGCCCACCAGGACUACCACUUCUCGGUUGACCUGGGGAUUUAGUUGUGGGAUUUGGGGCUGGGCCCGCUCUGGGGGCAGUGAUGUCCCACAACUCUAAGCUCAGACUCUGGGCGGCCCUCUCACCGCGUCCGCAGUUCCUGGUUCCGGGGUCCGCUCUGGGGAACCCCCGGAGCAGUGCUUUCCCCAUCAUCCAUUGGUGUGGAGGGUGUGAAGGACGCUGAGGGUUACUACUGUCGCCGAGAGCUGCCCCCUAGCAGGGCUGCGCUCUCCCUUCGUGCAGCCGCUUCUUCAUCUCCCUCUGCAUCACGAAAACUGCUUCCCAUCCAUUAUUUCAUCAGGGCUUCGGGCACUUCUGCAAGGCCUGUCCGAAGAGCAUGCUGCCCCCUCACUCCCCGCCUGGCCUCGCCAUCCCUGCCCCCCCAGCCUGACCCCAGGCCCCAGCAUGGCCCAGGGUGCCAUGCGCUUCUGCUCGGAGGGCGACUGUGCCAUCUCCCCACCACGAUGCCCACGCCGCUGGCUCCCCGAAGGCCCAGUGCCACAAAGUCCCCCAGCCAGCAUGUAUGGCAGCACAGGCUCCCUGCUACGGCGGGUGGCAGGUCCUGGUCCCCGAGGCCGGGAACUGGGACGUGUGACAGCACCCUGUACACCCCUGCGUGGCGCCCCCUCACCCCGUGUUGCUCCCUCACCCUGGGCACCCUCUUCACCUACUGGGCAGCCCCCACCGGGGGCACAGAGCUCUGUGGUCAUAUUCCGCUUUGUGGAGAAGGCCAGUGUGAGGCCACUAAAUGGGCUACCUGCUCCUGGAGGCUUGAGUCGGAGCUGGGACCUGGGUGGGGUCUCUCCUCCCAGGCCCACCCCAGCCCUGGGGCCUGGCUCCAACCGGAAGUUACGACUAGAGGCAUCCACAUCAGACCCACUCCCAGCUGGUGGAGGCUCAGCUCUGCCUGACAGACAGGGCCUUAUACAUGGGCCACCAGCCCAACCUCAGGUUGGGGCAGAUGGCCUUUACUCCUCUCUCCCCAAUGGGCUGGGGGGACCCUCUGAGCACCUGGCCAAGCUAUUCCCAGGACCUGCUGACAGUGGACUCCUGAACCAGGGGGACACCUGGUCCUCCCCCCGGGAAGUCUCCUCUCAUGCCCAGAGAAUUGCUCGAGCCAAAUGGGAAUUCUUCUAUGGCUCCCUGGACCCCCCAAGCUCAGGUGCUAAGCCCCCAGAGCAGGCCCCCCCAUCUCCACCUGGGGUGGGCUCAGGGCAGGGCUCUGGGGUGGCUGUGGGGCGAGCAGCCAAGUACUCCGAGACGGACCUGGACACGGUGCCCCUGAGGUGCUACCGCGAGACCGACAUCGAUGAGGUGCUGGCUGAGCGAGAGGAGGCUGACUCGGCCAUCGAGAGUCAGCCCAGCUCUGAAGGCCCACCUGGCACUGCCCGCCCACCUGCCCCACGUCCCAGUCCACGCCUUGGCCCUUAUCCCAGCCUGGGCAGUGACAAUGAGGACGAGGACGAGGACGAGGCAGGUGGGGAAGACGAUGUGGACGACGAGGUGUUUGAGGCCUCAGAGGGGGCCCGGCCAGGCACCCGGAUGCCCCACCCUGGGCCUCUGAAGUCGCCUGUGCCCUUUCUACCUGGGACCAGCCCCUCAGCUGACGGGCCUGACUCUUUCAGUUGUGUGUUUGAAGCCAUCUUGGAGUCACACCGAGCCAAGGGCACCUCCUACACCAGCCUCGCCUCGCUGGAGGCCCUGGCCUCACCUGGCCCAACCCAGAGCCCCUUCUUCACCUUUGAGCUGCCUCCCCAACCCCCUGCCCCCCGGCCUGACCCGCCUGCUCCUGCCCCACUUGCACCUCUUGAGCCAGAUUCUGGUACCAGCUCUGCUGCUGAUGGGCCUUGGACACAGAGAAGGGAAGAAGAGGAGGCAGAGACUGGAGCCAAGCAGGCCCCAGGGAGGGAGCCCCCUAGUCCCUGCCACUCAGAGGACAGCUUUGGGCUGGGGGCGGCACCCCUGGGCAGCGAACCACCGCUGAGCCAGCUGGUGUCCGACUCAGACUCAGAGCUGGACAGCACAGAGCGGCUGGCCCUGGGAAGCACAGACACCUUGUCCAACGGGCAGAAAGCAGACCUGGAGGCUGCACAGCGCCUAGCUAAGAGGCUCUACCGACUAGACGGCUUCAGGAAGGCUGAUGUGGCGCGGCACCUGGGCAAGAACAAUGACUUCAGCAAACUUGUGGCUGGCGAGUACCUCAAGUUCUUUGUCUUCACUGGCAUGACUCUGGACCAAGCUCUCAGGGUGUUUCUGAAGGAGCUGGCCUUAAUGGGUGAGACCCAGGAACGGGAGCGCGUGCUGGCCCACUUCUCCCAGAGAUACUUCCAGUGCAAUCCCGGAGCCCUGUCCUCAGAGGACGGUGCGCACACGCUGACCUGCGCUCUCAUGCUACUCAACACCGAUCUCCACGGCCAUAACAUUGGGAAGCGCAUGACCUGUGGAGACUUCAUCGGAAACCUGGAGGGCCUCAAUGAAGGCGGAGACUUCCCCAGGGAGCUGCUCAAGGCCUUGUACAGCUCCAUCAAGAAUGAAAAGCUGCAGUGGGCCAUAGACGAGGAGGAGCUGAGACGCUCUCUAUCUGAGUUGGCCGACCCCAACCCCAAGGUCAUCAAGAGGGUCAGCGGGGGCAGUGGCAGCGGCUCCAGCCCUUUCCUGGACCUGACUCCUGAGCCUGGGGCUGCAGUCUACAAGCAUGGGGCACUGGUGCGAAAGGUGCACGCAGACCCUGACUGCAGGAAGACACCUCGGGGCAAGCGGGGCUGGAAGAGCUUCCACGGGAUCCUCAAGGGCAUGAUCCUCUACCUACAGAAGGAGGAGUAUCAGCCCGGGAAGGCCCUAUCAGAGGCGGAGCUAAAGAAUGCCAUCAGCAUCCACCACGCACUGGCCACGCGUGCCAGCGACUACAGCAAGAGGCCCCAUGUCUUCUACCUGCGCACUGCUGACUGGCGGGUCUUCCUCUUCCAGGCCCCGAGCCUGGAGCAGAUGCAGUCCUGGAUUACUCGCAUCAAUGUGGUGGCUGCCAUGUUCUCUGCACCCCCCUUCCCAGCUGCUGUUAGCUCCCAGAGGAAGUUCAGCCGCCCUCUGUUGCCCAGUGCUGCCACCCGCCUCUCCCAGGAGGAGCAGGUGCGGACCCACGAGGCCAAGCUGAAGGCCAUGGCAAGCGAGUUGCGAGAGCACCGGGCUGCGCAACUGGGCCGGAAGGCCCGGGGCAAGGAGGCUGACGAGCAGCGGCAGAAGGAGGCCUACCUGGAGUUCGAGCCUACAAAACUGAAGCGGGGAGCGAUCAAGUACCUUGAGCACAACUAGUACGUAGUGAAGCCGGACUUGGAACCGGGUCUCUCCGACUCCACAGCCCUGGCUCAGGCUCCUUCCCCGCCCCGCACCCCACGACCUUCCAUCGCGCUCCAAGUCCGGCCUGGCCGAGGGAGCCCGGGUGUCCCUUCCUCCCGCUCGCCCACCUACGUGUCUCCGUUCUCGUCCUGAGCCGUCAGCAGGUGGCGCUGUCCCGCCAGCAGCGCGCGCGCGUCCGCCGUGACGCCGUAGUCGAGCAGGGCCCGGGCGCUGCGCUGCGCCAGGCCGAACAGGCGCGCGUUGUACUCCCGGGCUGGGGGGGACAGGGGCGUGGGCGCGGGCUCGGUCCCCACCCGCAGCGCCCCGACCGCCCGGAUUCAAGAGGCUGUACCUCGCUGCAGCAGCUCCGGGGCCUGCGGUUCGCGCUGGGGGGUGAGGGGGGACGCGCUCGGCUCUGCGGCUUCCUCCCCGGCAUCCACGCCAGGCGCCCCGGCGGCCAUCUGCGCCCCGCCCCCGCCUCCGGGGUAGCAGCCCAAAGGGGCCGAGCCGGUCGGGUAGGGGCUGUAGGCCAAGGAGGGGAAAAAGCCGAGGCUGCCACCUGCGGAUACAGGCCGGGCUGUGGGUAGGAGGCACCAGCCAGGGCUCUCCCUGAUUUCUUCCCCCACAACCUCUCUCCCCCUUACUCCUCCCUCCUCCAUCCCCCUUCCCGCCACCAGCAGCCCCUCACCUCCUCCUCCAGCUCCUCCAUAACCCCCAGCCGAGCCCCCAGAGCCUCCACCCAUGUGGGAGCCACCCCCGAAGUGCUGGGAGAAGGUGGGCAAGGCUUUCCUCCGUUUCCGCUGCACCUCCUCCUUGUCUGCGGCCAGAGGGAAACGAGAUGUCAAAACCCCAAUUCAUGCACCACGCCUCAAGAGCUCUGUCCUGAGUUUGGUCAUGGCCCUCCCUCAAAAGCCCUCAGGCUGUCUCCUAGGACCACCUCUUCCUGGGACCUUCCCCACUCCUGACUUGACUCAUGGGUCCCCUGAUCUAGCUUUGGGACACUCCAGCCCAGGCUACUCCCCCACCCCCACCCCCGCACCCCUCCCUUCCACCCCCUUCAGCCCAGCUCCACCUUCCACCAGAGGGUAAUAGGUGAACUGUUUGGAGUCGGAGACAUCCCCCCCACGCUUGCGUUUCAGUUGCAGGAACACGGUUACAGGACGCUCAAUCUUCAUCUUGUGAUAGGGAGGUGUCCGGAACACAAUGGCAUACUGGAGGGUGGGGGGGGCGGAGGAAGACAGAAGGUGUUAUUGAGGCCUUGGCCCAGUUCAGCCUCCAGCCCUGGCCCUGGCCCUGGCCCUAGCCCUGGCCCUGGGGUACCUGUUUAUGAACAUCUGUGGGAGAGAAAUCCCCAAAGGCCUGCCAUCCAUUCUCAUCAUCUUCGUAGAACCGAACCUCAAUGUCAUCUAUAGGGAAGAGCGAAGCAUGGCCAUGGCUCCUAAUAGAAUCUGCAGGGCCUUUUGUCCUAGAGCUGCCCUGGCUCCCCAUCUUGAUACCCAGCAUCCCAGGCUCCCAGCCUCACCUUUCUGCACCUUGUCACAAAGCAGAUAAACCUCAUCUCCACCCCGCACAGACCCAGCUGUCUUGUCCAUUCGAGAAAUCUUCAGGUUCGAGGCCCCAGGAGACUCUGUGGGGUGGGAUAGCAAUUACUUGAGGCAAAAUAAUAGCCAUGGCCCCAUUUAUGGAAUCAGGUGCUUUGUAUUAUUAUUUGAACAACCCCAAGAUGUACAAGAACUACUAGUAUCUUCAUUUCCCCAAGAUGGAAGCCAUACUAGGGAAA